AUGAGGUCACUACUUAUGGUCGUUGGUCUGGUAGCGGUUGCCCUGGCAGCUGAAACCGAUGUGACCAAGCCUGUAUUCCAAUACAUCACUACAGCCUCGCCAAUAAUAACAACAUACGACCCUUACCGGUACUACACCGGCCGGUAUGUUAGACCUACUGCUACUGCUGCCUCCGCUGGUCGCUACGAUGCUGGACGCUAUGACUCUGGCCGUUACGACCCUGGCAAAUACGACCCUAGCAAAUACGACAAAUCUGGUCGUUACAAUCCCGACAACUCUGGAUUGUAUAAUGGUGAUCGUGGAGACCGCGGAAGUGCUGGCGGUUUCUACACUGGCUCUUUCGACAAUGGAGCUCCUGGUGGAUUCUAUACCGGCGAGAGCGAUGGUCAAGGCUACACUGGUGCUAAUGCGUAAGUUCGAUCAAAUUAAUCGAUAGAUCGGACAUUUAUAUAUAUAAUUAAUUUAUUUGUCUUAAUUAGAGCGGUUUAUCGUGAGCCAAUUACCGCGAACGCACCCGUGACCACAAACGCACCUGUGACAACCAGCGCACCUGUGACUACCAGCGCACCUGUGACUACUAGCGCCCCGACGACCAUUGAAGUACCUACAACCACAAGCGCACCCAUAACUACAGCUGCUCCCAUAACAUCGGCACCCAUCAAAUUUGUCAGCUCUACACCUUUAUACGUUAAGCCCAAACCCACAUAUGUUCCAAUCGUCCCAGCACCUAUUGUUACGAAAUACAAUCCUGAUACAUAUGAUUACAAAUACGGUAUCAUCCGUUGGGAGAGCGAUGUUCUUCCAGAAGGCUAUCACUACCUUUAUGAGACUGAGAACAAAAUCCUCGCCGAGGAAGCCGGAAAAAUUGAGCAAAUCGACAAUACCAGCAGUGGUAUGAGAGCUAAGGGUUUCUUCGAAUAUGUGGGCCCUGAUGGUGUCACCUAUCGAGUAGACUACACCGCCGAUGAGCGUGGUUUCUUACCUAGUGGUGCACACUUGCCCAAUUAA